AAAUAGAUUAAUUUUUUUACCUUUUCUGUACAAUUUCAAAAUUGAACUUCACUUACCAAACAGGAAACUACUGUGUGAAAACCUCACGAAGUAGCAAUCCCUAAAAUCAAGCAUUUCCCUCGAUCACAGCAGCAAGAUCCCCUCGCGCUCAGAACGCCAUGACAUAUCUGGAAGAACGCACGACGGCCAACCGUUCUAGGAGAGAGAAGCCCAGAGCACGACAUCAUGGUUUAACACAACAGAAAAGACAAGAAAUAAGGGAAUGUUUUGAGCUAUUUGAUACUGACAACUCCGGCACAAUUGAUGCUAAGGAGCUCAAUGUUGCCAUGAGGGCUCUGGGUUUUGAAGCAACUGAGGAGGAAAUCAAACGCAUGAUUGCAGAAGUUGACAAAGAUGGAAGUGGAGCAAUUGAUUUCGAGGAGUUUGAGCAUAUGAUGAGUAAUAAAUUUGGCGAAAGAAAUACGAAAGAAGAACUUGCAAAAGCAUUCAACAUUAUUGAUAAAGAUAACAACGGGAAAAUAUCUGCAGCAGACAUUCAGAAAAUUUCCAGGGAGUUGGGGGAACAAUUCAGUGAUGCGGAGAUAGCACUGAUGAUUCAAGGAGCCGAUCAAGACGGUGAUGGAGAAGUGAGUCUACCAGAUUUCAUGGAUAUAAUGGGAAGGACUUCUUCCUUUGGGCAUUGAGGUUUGUAGUUUUUCGUUCUCACUGCCCCUGAAGAGUCGUGUGCUUGGAUCUAUUUAUGUUGUUUUGAAAACUAGUUGUGACAUUUGUGCUUGCAAAUAUCCCUUUUGAUAUGCAUAUUUGUCUGAAAUGGGAUUUUACCAUGUACUUUUCGUCCCCAAAAAAUUGCAGCCAUUUUCAACCCAAUAACCUUAGACAACCACACUGUAAAAAUCUAGUACAAUAAUAUAUUUCAUGGCUACAACUAAGAAUGAUGCAGUUUUUUAAGGACUACUUUUAUUGAUGACAUAAACAGAGCAAUCCCUCUCCAUCCACAUUUAAUUGACUUUUGUGAUACAUCAAAAGUUGAAUGAAGGUUAAUGUGAUCGGCCCGGUUCCAUAACCACUGGAUUCAAGUGGCCACGGAAGCCACUGCCCCCUUCGGAGCUCCGUUCAUAAAAUUGAUAAUUCCUACCCCCUGGUAAACCCCCUCCAAGUCUCGACCCAAACUCAUCCCUCC